GCUGAAGAAGCGACGUGCGGUGCCCCCUUCCCGGAGGGUAUAUAAAGUGGUUACAACUCUAAGACCCUCAGUUGUUCUUGGUCACCGACAGGAUGAACACACUGGUCGUUGUGGUGAUGCUGGCGCCUCUGCUCCUGGUGCACGCGGCUGGCGGUAAGAACUGCUUCAACAGGCGAGAGAAGAGGGAGAUGCAGAAGCUGAGGAUGAUGAACAGCUGUGAGCAUCCAACCCUGCAACUGGUCGACAUUCCAGUCCCCCCGGGCUACACCUCGGUGAACCCGUCGAUGGCUAUGGUCAAGCGGUGUGGAGCCCUGAUGUGUAUGGGCAGCAACACCAAGUGUGUGGCCUCCAACACUACAUCCAAGCUCGUCAAGGUGAUGGCGAUGACACAAGACAUGAUGUCUGCGUGUGCUCAUGUGCCGGUGGACGAGCACCAGAGCUGUGGCUGUGUCUGCGACAUGGCCAAGAUGAACUGCUCUCUUCCCAUGGUGGCAGACGGGACCAUGUGCAUGUGUAAGUGUUCAGACACCGACCGUGAAGCUUGCCCUAAUGAUGGGAGCCACUUCUGGUCCUUCGAGAAGUGUUCCUGCACUCGUUACUGACGGAGCGGUGCUCCCACCCGCAACACUUCAGUGACCGAACAUGCAAGUGUGAGCAGAGUUGUGUAGGACUUGCAUCACCACGUGGGAGGGGGAGACCUGCAACAUCAACAUGAGAAGGACCUGCAACAUCAACAUGAGAAGGACCUGCAACAUCAACAUGAGAAGGACCUGCAACAUCAGAGGGGAACCUGCGACAUCAACACGUAGGGGAGGGGGGGA